UGAUUCGACUUCCUGAAAGAUUGACAGGUCGAGCCUCUUUUGCUCGCUGGUGAACGCGGCUCCCGUUGUGCGAAGGAAGCGAAAACAACUGACAUCGACAGUCAGUUUUAGUUUUUCACUUUUCAAGAAGUUUGAAACGAGAGUGACUCGGUGUGGAUUAUUUUCACGAGCCUUUGGGGUAUGAGAGUGGUGCGGCCGCGGCAAGCAAAGUAAAAAAGGAGGCAGACCCAUACGUUUGAUGGCUGCUGGGGAUGGAGCCCAGCUGCCGGCCACAGUAGCGGCCAGUCGGAGUGUGGAGAAAGCUCUAGAGGAGGCUUCCGCGAGUGGAGCUCUCAACCUAUCCAACCGAAAGCUGAAGGAGUUUCCCCGCAGCGCCAGGAACUACGACCUGUCCGACAUAACCCAUGCAGAUCUAUCUAAGAACCGCCUGUGUGAGCUUCCAGAAGAGCUGUGUCAGUUCAUCUCUCUGGAGACGCUGAGUCUGUACCACAAUGGAAUGCGUUUAUUGUCCCCCAGCCUGGCCAACCUCCAGGCCCUUACCUACCUCAACCUCAGUCGGAAUCUCCUGUCCAGUUUGCCCCCGUCCGUGUUCCAGCUCCCCCUACUGCGAGUGCUCAUUAUCAGCAACAACAAGCUGUCUUCACUGCCCUCCUCCAUCUACUCACUCACACACCUUCGACAGCUGGAUGUCAGCUGUAAUGAGCUGCAGAGCUUACCAGCAGAACUUGGUCAACUGGAGACUCUGAGGGACUUGAACUUGAGGAGGAACCAGCUCACCACUUUGCCUCAAGAAAUAUCUGAACUUCCACUCGUUCGACUCGAUGUGUCCUGCAACCGAAUUUCCCGCAUUCCUCUGUGUUUCCGUCACCUCCGACAUCUGCAGACCAUCUCACUGGACAGCAAUCCUUUGCAAAUGCCACCAGCACAAAUCUGCUCCAAAGGCAAAUAUCACAUCUUCAAGUACCUGAACAUGGAGGCCUGUAAGAGCCAUGAGGAGGAGCUAGAGAAGCACCUCAACAUGAGGCCGACUGGAUUUAAAAGCAGUCUGUCGGACCAGGAGCUAUUCACGGGUCAGUUUGGUGGCCUGGACUCUGGUUUCAACAGCGUAGACAGUGGCAGCAAACGAUGGUCUGGCAAUGAGUCAGCAGAUGACUUCUCCGAGCGUUCUCUUCAGAUGGCAGAGGUCAACCAGAAGCAGAGACACCUUGAGGAGCAGUAUGAAGAAGAUGAUGAGUCCCUGGAGGCUAACAAUGUGAAUGGAACGGCUGAGCAGGUCAGCUUCAUCAGCAGCAGUGUGACAAAGGAGAUCCGGAUAGAUCCACCGACACCUCCCCUUGUUAUCUCUCAUUCGGAGCAGGAUUCAACUUUUCCAUCCCAAAACCAGGACACAACAUGUAGGUCAAGUCCCCAGACAGAAGGGAACUGCUCCUCCUCGUCCCCUGUGCCCCCCUCCAGCCCCACCCUUGAGGAGAGGAGGAGGCCUGGAACCCUGUUCAUCUGGCAGGAGCGGGAGCGGCUCCAGCAGCAGAGGGAGAAGGCCAAUUUGCUGAAGUCAUCCGCUAAACCCGGAAGUCAUGUGGCCUCUACGCCACAGACAGGAAGCAGCUCAUGUGGUGGCUCACCAGAAAAUGGAAACGCCCACUCUGGCCUGCGUCAGCGAUGUGCAAGUGCUGACCAGAUGAGCACCGGGUCUCCAUCAGUUCUGCAUCGCUCCAGCAGCAGAACAGAUGUGCUGUCCUCUCCGAAGACCUCCUCUCCUCCUGGUCAGGCUCAGAAACCCAACAGUUUCCUGUUUCGCACGUCUUCUCGGAGCAACGUCAAACCCACAGGGACCACAUUUACUCUGGGAGAGUCUGGCAGGAGUGAAUCUCGCACCACUCUGCGUUCACCAAAGGAGGAGAGAAAAGACCUCACACAACUACGCAAGACCUUAGAGUCUCGACUGAAGACCAGUCUGCCAGAGGACCUGGGCGAGGCUCUGUCCAACGGAACCGUCCUCUGCCAGCUGGUCAAUCAGAUCCGGCCUCGCUCCGUGUCAAUCAUCCACAUCCCCUCCCCUGCAGUGCCCAAACUGAGUUCAGCUAAAUCUCGACUGAACGUUGAAAACUUCAUCACUGCUUGUCGCAAGCUGGGAGUCCCUGAGUCUGAAAUGUGUGUGUGCUCUGAUGUGCUUCUGUGUAAGCUGCCCGGUGUUCUGCGCUGUGUGACGGCCUUGCUGGCUGUGGAGGAGGAGCGCCCCCCCCACCACUGGGCCCCUGCAUCUUCAACUUCCUCUUCCUCGCUGCUGUCGCCAGACUUUCUAUUGUUUUACUGCUGCAUCAUGGCGCUCCUCUACGCCACCUACUGCUGUCUGCUCACCUAGUGCAGCACCUCAGAGCCCUGUAGCUGUCUCUGGAGCCAUGUGAGCAGUGUGUGUGUCAAAUACACACUAUGACUGUAGAGCAGAGGCCCUCGACUGCUCCGGCUGCAGCUAUGAAGAACACUGACUGGCAGGAUGGAUGGGGAGACAGAGCCAGAUGGAGCUGUGGUUCUGGAAAGCACGGCAUGCUGAGAAAAGCUGCAAGGUGUGUCUGUAUCGGAGCUUGUUGGCAGCACAAAGAGAGGCUGAAACAGAAAAACCAGAUCUAAUAGAGCUGCAGGAAAUCCUGAAUGUAGAUCUAUCUGAACUGAUCUGAUAUGAUCUGAGCAGGUAGAUGUACAUGUGCUCUGUGUUCAGGGCAGUUCUUUAACUGCUUCAGCUUCAGUUAGAAGCUUGAGGCAGCUCACUCUCUGAUGGGUUCAUUUUUCAGACUAAAGGCCGUUUGUCCUUUCCUUCAGUUUAUCAGUGAUAAACAUGCUGCAAACCCAGCAUGUUCAAUAUUUCAUUUUUCCUCUAACAGAGAGACGGAACGAUGCGGGUCAGUUUGUUGGAGCCCUGUGUGUAAAUGUGUAAAAGCACCAGGAUAAAUGGAUCUUUUAUUGCAGUAGUAUAAACUGACAUUCUGGAGAAAUCCAACUUUUAUUUUGAGGACAUUUAUCCAUUUAUUAGUUGUCACAAUAACAGCAACAGUCCAAUCAUUAGUUUCCCUAGUGUAAACAUUCCCUCCCAGUCUUCUCCUUUAAUAGAGAACUGUACCUUUAAUAGAGUACAGUUCUACAGACAGAUCUGAUAAUUUCUCUCUUGCUUCAGAUCAACCCACAGGUUCGCCACAGGGUUUACGUCACCAUGGCAGCAGGUUGACCUUGUGUCUGCUGAACCAUAUCUGUCUCCAUUUGGGUCAUUGUUCUGUGGCAAUAACUAUCUUUUUUUCUUCUUCAGAUACACAUUAUCACAUUUUUUAAUUUCAAAUGUUAGCUCAUGAUAUCAUGCACUAAGUUUCUAGGCUCUAGACUACAAACGGACCCAGAACAUCACAGGCCCUUCACCAUGUUUAACAGCUGGAAUGUGAUUCAUUUUAUAGCAAAGUGUUUGUUCCCGAGAAGCUCAGUUUCAUCUGACCAAGCCUCAGUCCUACUUAAAGUUUUUGUAGAGUUCAGCAAACUGUACGUUAGUUGGUGAUGGUAGGGCAUCACUAAUUAACUAGUGAUGCCCUAACUAUACCAUUGCAACCAUUAGACAGCAAUCUAAUUGUUGCUAACAAACUUUUGACUUGUUUCUACCUCCGUCCUCAUCCUGCUCACUGUGUGGUGACCAGAUAAAUAUGGCUCCUCAAAAGAAAUGGACCUCUGUGUCACAUCACAUGUAUUCCCUAGAGAAACAGGAAGUCCUGAAUUACUAACUACAAGUUCCCAGAAACUCUGGUCAACUUAAAAAGUUACAUAUGUUUUUUUUUUUUAAAAAAAAGACGUUUAAGUUGUGUUUAUUUAAAAAUAUUAUCAGCAGUUACCUUAACAAUCAUUUCUAAUUUAGAUCAUUAUUUCUUAAGCUGAAUAAAUGCACUGAUUAAAGGGUUGAUUUUUCUACAUUUGUAUGUGUGAGAUUAUGCUGCUGCAAUAAAAGAUGUAUUAAUUUGUAAGCAUGCGACACAUCAGGGCCAAAUCAUUUGUCAAGUUCUUCUAGAUUAUUCUGAUUCUACCAGCAGUUUUAGGCUAAAGAAGUCCCAGUUUUCCAUCUGAUUUGAUUUGUUUUAAUUUUUCCAUGCAGAGAGAAAGAAGAUAUGAUAUUUCUGACUUACAGGUACAUUUUCUUGUUAAUAGAUUUAAAGGUUUUUGAAAAUUGUAAUGUCGCUAAAGGCUCCAGCAUCCUUUCUAUGAAACAAAUACGCAAUAUUAGAGUAUUUAUGUUAUUCUCCUAGAUCAUAAUUUAUCUGCAUUCUGCAUCAUAAUAUAUGUGCAUGAACGUCAUGACGAGAUGUUUACCCAGUAGAGGUCUUAGAUUAAUACGUUGAGCUAAAGCUCUACAACAAUGUCAUCUACUGUGAUUUUCAUCUCACAGUUCCAGAACCUUAUUAUGCUGAUUAAUUCAGCUUCAGGUUGCAAAAAACUACAACUUGAGCCAUGUAUCUCCAGGUGUUCCAGGUGUUUCACUUGUCCUGUCUCACCUGGAAGCCUCUGUGAUCUGGUCACUCUGUGGUUCUGGAAGUCACCUGAACUCUUUGUGCCUCCAGAGGAGCUCCAGCAUUUCUUCCUCAGUUUCCUGAACUGUGAAUGUGAUUUUUAGCCCUUCGAAAAAUGCAAGUUCAACGUUGGAUGUGAAGUGUUGGUGUGUGCCACUGAAUGUGCCAGACAAAAAGUGCUCAACACUGAGAUUGGUUUUAUGCAUGCUGUUUUACGUAGGAGCAACAGAUGGCUCUGUUGCGCCAUCAGCUCCCCCUAGUCGGUACAGAGCCUUCCAAGUUGUGUGUGUGUGUGUGUGAAGUCCUUGUUGUUGGCACUGGUCUCUUUGACCUGCUGACUUGUAUAAUUGUAAACGGCUUAUUAAAUUAUUGCAUUUAUUUAUAUUUA